GUCAAAUCUAUUUAUAUCUAGUAUAUUCAGAACUGGUGUACGGGGAAUAUACAUAACUAUUACUUCCUUUAGUAAUAAUUCAUAAAGUUAGCAACAUCCAUUGAGGAAAAGUGAAUAAUUUUUCGAUUUGAUACAUUAAUAUCAACAUAUCAACGUUAACAACUAAUUUAUUCAAAAUAAUUAGUUUUGUGUAACAAAGCAAAUAACAUGGUGGCUUAAACCAUUGUUUAUGUAUGUCCAUGAAUUAGGCGAAAGAUUUGUAAAAUGUCGGAAAAGUCUAUAAAUUGGAUGAAAAUACAGAAUCUAGGAAAUAUAGUGAUACAGCUGAAAUACUGUGAGAAAGGGGAAAAAUAUUCUCACUAGUGAUAACAUCUAAUCGACCUAGUUUCAAAGUUUCAAAACAGUUUAAAAACACAAAAACAUGAAGUUUUGGAGAAAUUUUAUACCGGGCACAGGCUCCACAAAUACUAUUGAAAGACGUGAUAGAAGAAGUGGAAGUUGUAACAGGCCGGAAUCUUCAAGUGUUCCCACACGAAGGCGAAGUUCCUCUUUGAAAGGUUCAAAUUCGAGUUUAUCAGAAGAUGCAUUUGGAAUUACUUUUGUGGAGCUCAUUAAGCGAGCUGGAACACAUCUUGGAGUCAUUGUGACUGGUGGAAAGGAUACAGGACUGAAACCCAGGAUAGCAGAUUUAGUUCCUGGUUCCUGGGCUCAGAGAAGUAAUGUACUUUGUGCUGGAGAUAUUAUGCUCAAUCUAAACGGGAAAGAGUGCUCUAACAUGAUGCAGCAUCAAAUUGUUGAAAUGCUUGACACAGCUGAUAAGGUUCAGCUUGAAGUAAAAUACAGGCUUCCACCUCUUUGUCCUUCUUCGAGAACACGACCAAGGGUCAUCCAGAUAACAUUACGUAAAGAGAAUGGAAGUUUUGGAUUUGUUGUUCGUGGAGGCGCUCACGAGAUUUCAGCAAGAUGUCGUCCCUUCACAGUUGUAUUUGUAGAUCAGUGUGGACCUGCUCAGGCUGAGGGGACAAUACGACCCGGGGACCGGAUACUAGCUCUCAAUGGAAAGAGUUUGGUUGGCGUAAAGCUGGCAGAACUACAGAGUUUAAUGUACCAGGAGGAGGGGGAAACCGUCUUUACUCUAGAAUACGAUGUCGCAAAACAGAGCUAUCUGGAGCAAGGUGCUAUCCUUGUGGAGAUAUCCCGGGAACAGCAAGAUUUGCUGGGAGUAGGGUUAAGCCGAUGCCCGGACACAAAGGCAAUAAUUAUUGAGAGUAUUAAGCAAGCAAGCUUAGCUGACAGAUGCGGAGCUUUACAUGUUGGAGAUAUCCUUCUGUCAGUUUGUGGCCAACCUUUGACAAGGAUGGGUGUUGAUGAUGUAACUCAAUGGAUUAGAGAUAACUCCGGGCUUGUUCUCCAGCUAGAGGUUCUACCUGGAGCUCAUGCUAGAUCCAGGGGUGGAAGUGUACGGGCCUCUCUACCCUCUCCAUGUUUCUCUACUAUGCAAAGACGACAUAGAUCAGAUUUAAGAAGUCAGGAACACCAUGGGCUACCCAGACAAAUGUCUCAUGCAAACAUUAAGAGCAUUCUGGACUAUCAGGGAAAUCAGCAGGAACGUGAGCGGAAGAAGUUUGUUUCUUUUUCCGUAGAACUUGAUAGAACAGGGGGACCCUUAGGGAUUACGUUAGCAACAGAUGAACAGAAGAAAGGUGAACAGUCCCCAAUUUAUAUCUCCAGUAUGGCCGAGGGAGGGUUGGCUAGAACAACCAAAGCAAUUCAAAUCCGGGACGAGCUCAUAGAAGUAAAUGGUGUUAAUGUUAAGGGUCUCAAAUUGUCAGAAGCAGUUCCAUUAUUACAAAACUCAGGGAAUGUUGUUAAGCUAAAAUUGACCAGAAUGGUCUCAAUCCCGGAACGGGAAUUCCAUUCAAAAAGUUUCAGGCUCCCCCCUAGACCAUGCCCCUCCCCUAUCUAUGCACCAGUUAAUCCUUGCUCAAGUCACCUGUAUAGCCCUAUACCAUCACCAACAUCAAAUUAUAGUUGCAGGUCUAAAGUGAGUUUCAAGGGUAAGCGUGAACUGCCAGUGGUGACCCUGCUUCCUCAGUCAAGAUGCCGGAACUCAGAUAGCAGUAGUCUUCCCCUGGAGGUGACACGAGUUACCCUAUUCAAGGACCAAAUAUAUGAGGACUUUGGAUUCUCCGUAUCCGAUGGACUAUACGAACGGGGUAUAUUUGUGAAUAGGAUACGGAAAGGAGGACCAGCUGAUGUGUCGGGGAUGAUAAAACCGUUUGAUCGUAUCCUGCAGCUGAAUCAAACGAGGACUACUGAAUUUGAUUGCUGCCUAGCGGUUCCACUGAUUGCAGCAGCGGGAGAUAAAAUUGAGAUUUUACUGACUAGACCUUUUCCAGAUUGUGAAGGAGGCAUCCUGAAAGACGAGGAUAGAGUGAGCGGAGUUCCCUGGAUAGAUGAAACUGAUCAAGAGUCCAAUACAAAUUAAAGUUGAAUAGAGUGGGGUUCCCUGGAUAGAUGAAACAGUUCAAGAGUCCAAUACAAAUUAAAUUCGAAUAGAGCGGGGUUCCCUGGAUAGAUGAAACUGAUCAAGAGUCAAAUGCAAAUUAAAGUUGGAUAGAGUUUCCUAGAUAGAUGAAAUAGUUUAAGAGUCAAAUACAAAUUCCAUUUUUAUUUCUUAAACUUAAUUUUCUUUGAUAACACAGAUAUUAAAAAUUGGAAAACCAAAUAGCCUCAACUACUUGAUAUCCAUAGCAUAAACUUCAAAAUUGAAGAAUUUAGGUUUAGUGCUGGUGGUGAAAUGAAAAGUGUCUGACUAAUUAAACAUUCAAAGGCGACAUUUUGACCUCUGACCCUGUUUGAAAUAAAUAAAGUGCUAAACGAACAGUCAAGAAAACAAAAUUAGGAUAUUAUGUAAAAUAACACUUUUUGACAGUAUCAUAAAGUUCACUAUGUACCUGCAAGUUUUGUCUAGAGUAGCUCACCAUAAUACAAAAUAUAACAUUUGAAUAUUUCCUAUAGUGGUCAUCUAAAUAAGUUGGAAUGUCAGUUUAACUAAAAGGCUUAAUAUUGAAGCAUAAGUUUAAAAAUGAGGAACUACGCACAAUAUAUUGCAAAUGCAGCUGUACCAAAUAUAAAUGCUAGUCAUCAAGAUGUUUUUAAUUUAACUUUGGACACCGAAAUACCGAAAUUUGUAUACUUUUUACAACUUAUGAUUAAAUUUUAUAAUGUAUAAUAUGGAACAUUUAUAAAUUUAUUUAAUAAA